AUGAAAAGCUCAACUAUGCAAUCUUUCGUCCUUUUGUCCAUUGCGUUCAUCACCCAAGUUGGAGCGUUCCCUCAAUACGCGAAUUACAAUCGUCAAUCCACUGGAAACCCCAACGGUGACGGAUACACUAACGGUGCCGGAAACUCCAACGGUGAUUCCACUGGGGCUGGAAACACCAACGGUGAAUCGAAUGCUGCGAUGGGCACUGAUCAUAACUCAGGCCUGCUAGGACUCGGCAUUCCAUCAAACAUAGACUUGGCACCCAUCGUCAGCGUCGGACGAAAAAUUAUCCCUGACGCCGAACACGAAUUCAUGGAACCUGGUCCAGGAGAUGUUCGUGGAUUGUGCCCUGGACUCAACAUCAUGGCUAAUCAUGGAUAUAUCCCUCGUAAUGGUAUCACCGAUAUGACUCAGCUGGCGUAUGGCUUGCAAGAAGGACUGGGCCUUGCUCCUGACUUCACUUUAGUCUUGAUUGCCUUUGCGCUCAAAACUUGCGUCGAUCUUACAACUUUGAAAAUGUCAAUAGGAAGAACAGAUUCUAGAACAGAUGGACCACUUAGUGUUCUUCUUGGAACCGCUCCUGGAUUGUUUUCUGCCGAAGCGCAUAAUAAAUAUGAGAUUGAUGGGUCUUUGGGAGGUGAUGAUGCUUAUUUUGCACCUGGUAAAAGGUCUCACUUCAAUGGAACCCGAUGGAACCGAUGGAGACAAAUUGCUGUUGAGAAAUACGAUGGUGUGAUGUCAAUUCCUUGGAAUUCAGAAGUCCGAUCCAUUCAGUACAAAGAAUGCCGAGACAUGAAUCCUGAAUGUCAUUGGGCUGUUGUUGACCAGUUUGCAUUCUAUGCGGCUCAAAAUUUGAUUUCAACCCUUAUACCUUCCUCUGAAGAGAACGGAAAGCCUGGUCCUGCCCUUGUCGAUACUAUUGAUACUUUCUUCGGAUUUCACAAAGACUCCACUGGUCAAUACACUCAUGGAAGUAGUCGUUUUCCUCCAGGAUCUAGUGGAGUUUGGUACCGAAGAACUGUGCCUCACACUUUUCCGGAGUUUGUUGAAGCUGGUAUUGCUAGUCUAGCACCUCAUUUUCCUAUCUUUGGUUCCAACAAUGGCGCUCUAGGUACAUGGAAUGCUGAUCCGGUUCAAAUCAAUACUGUUGCAGACGUCAACCUGAUCUGUUUGAUUCUUAAUCAAUUCACUAAUGUUGAUGAUACCCGUUAUGGAGGUGUGGCUAAAGAUGCGCUUAAAUUACUUUUGGGAAAUCUCACCAGUGUUCUUCGUCAUAAUUCAGGUUGUUAA